AUGGCGAUGACAACCCCACCAGCGCUCUGGGUGUUCUUGGAGAAGUGUUACGGCGUCCCUGGAAAAGCCGUGAAGGAAGCGUCCCGAAGAUGCCCCUUUCUGACGACGCCCAAGGAGCUCACCGUCCGGCACAGCCUCUUUUGGCACCGAGGCUUCCAGGUGCCCAGCACGAAGGCGGAGCCCGGCUACAGCCGCCUCCCCGGCGCAGCGGACCGCGCCGGGCGCGAAGCCCGCGAGGCGCGAGCGGAGCGCAGCGCGCAGAGCCAAGUGGCGCGCGUUGGGCAGUGGCCCCAGGGGCCCGCGCGCCGCGCAGCCGGAGCCCGCACUCCUGCCGGCCAGUCCGUGGACGCCCGGACCAUGGCUGCCCAGGGCCCCAGUCCCCGAACCCGGCUCUGGGCGGCGGCGCUGCUCCUGCUCGGCCUUCCGCGCCUCUCCGUGCGGGCGGACGGGAAGCUCUUUGUGCUGGAGGCUCAGAAUGGCUCUCAGGGCCUGGACCUGGAGGCGGCUCAGCGUUCCUGCAAGAGCAGAGGUGCUCACCUGGCGUCUGCGGCUGAGCUGCGCAGGGUGGUCCAGGACUGCGCCUUCCCGGUGUGCACCACAGGCUGGCUGGCGGAUGGCACCCUGGGGGCAACCGUGUGCAGCAAGGGGAGUGGUGAACAGCAAAUCAUGAGAGCUGUUGAUGUGAAAAUUGAGAGCAACCCGGUUCCUGGUGGCACAUACAACGCCCUUUGUAUUAAGGAUGAAGAGAAGCCGUGUGGAGACCCGCCCUCGUUCCCACACACCAUCCUGCAGGGACGCACCGGCUUGGAGAUGGGGGAUGAGCUGCUGUACGUGUGCGCCCCGGGUCACGUCACCGGCCGGCGCGAGAGCGCCUUCACCUUGCUGUGCAACAGCUGCGGGGAGUGGUACGGGCUGGUGCAGGCCUGCGGGAAAGACGAGGCUGAGGCACACAUUGACUAUGAAGACAAUUUUCCGGACGACAGAUCUGUGCUGUUCAGAGAGCUCAUGGAAGAUUCCCGGACGGAGGCAGAGGAGGACAGGGAUCCGGGUGCAGCCCCUGAGGCGGCUCCGAAACAGGACCGCCUGGUCUCCAUUUCUGUGGGGAGACUACCCCCAGCCGGGGACACAGCCUCUGCGCCAACUACAGGCUGGCCCAGCGCUGGGAGCAGCGCCCCCACAGACCUGCCGGAAUCCCCGCGCAACCAGAAGUUCUUGUUCUGGUUUCCCGCUGAGACCUUCCACGAGCCUGAGUUGGAGCAGGAGACGGAGGAGGACACCAAAGAGCAGUUUCCUGGUGGAGACAAGCUCAGGGGCAGAACCCCGGCCCCAGCGGAGCCUGAGACCAGGGUCCCCUACAGCGGCACUGAUGGUCCCUCGGGGACCUUUGUGGGCAGGAAUGACAGCAAGGUAGGUGACCCAGUGGUGAGCAGCAGCGAUGGGUCCUGGUUAGAUGGCUACCCCGUGACCGAUGGGGCUUGGAGGAAGACGGAGGCAGAGGAAGAGGAAGAAGAGGAAGAUGAGGACAAGGGGGAUGGAUCAGUUGGGCUGGAAGAAAGCAUCCUGGUUACUCCCAAUCAGCCUGUUCUUGUGGAAGUUAAGAAGCUCAUGGGUACCACCCUCACACCAAGCGAGGACAUGACCCGUAGUUCAGUUCUUCCAACUCAAACACUAGACGUAGAAGCUUUGGCUCUCAGACCCAUGAAUGUGUCUGAAACUGAGGGUCCCAGCAAGGAGGAUGGUGAUUUGACUAGGUACGGGUCAACCGUCCCUUGGAGAUUUGCCACUGAGAGGUCCCCUAUGGCCACCCUACCCCAUGAACUCACCAGCUCCUCCCUGGAGACAGCAACCACCGCUGUCCCGGAGACACCCAACCGCAUUCCCCCAACUGUCAUGGCGGCCCCCCAGACUCCAGUGGCAACCACUGCCCCUGGGGCCCGGGACACCUUCCCAUACCUGCUGUCCGAGGACUUCUUGGGACAGGAAGACCCCGGGCCAGGGGCAAGUGAGGACCUCCUUCCAACCCUGGAGCCCUGUGUUGGGGAUGAGUGUCCCAGCCUCAGCAGAGGCCCCAUCAUUGCCACCAUCGUCACCGUCCUGUGCCUGCUGCUGUUCCUGGCGGGCGUGGGGGCCGUGUGGGGCCACCGCAGGUGCCAGCACAAGAGCUCUGUGUACAAGCUGAACGGCGGCCCGCGGCAGGCUCGGCACUACCACCAGCAGAUCGAGAUGGAGAAGGUCUAGCCAGCUGGGCUGGGCACCCCCAGAGCCACUGGGGAGGAGAAGAAACUGUGACACGUCCCCUUGAGAAACACGGAUGGUUCACAAGAGCAGGAAAUGGGGAGUGAGGCUCAUCCUCUUUGUCUCAGGUCUUUGUUUAAGAGGCUGAGAAGCGUCUCCUGAGGCCCCCGGCAGGGCAGGGAGGCUUCGGUGGCAUCAUCACACAUGUCAGUAUCUCCCCGACCGUCUGCCCUGCGACCCGUGGCGCUCAUCCCAGCCCGAGCUUGGCUCUAAUUCCAGCCUGAGGUCGACACUCACUUCUGUUGUCUACUUUGCUUUUUUUUUUUUUUUUUAAGACAGAAAAUGACUGACUCCAUGACCUGAAAUUGUUGAAGUAGGCAUGACACACGGAGCAUCAGAGAGCAGUGUUAUGAGGAUGUAGAUAUUUCAUUGUUGGGAGUGGCCGAGAGAAGAAUAAUGGAUUAUUGCCUUUUAGUGUCACGAUGUUGCUGUGGGCAAACGAGCCAAAGACCAGGACACAGUCUAGACGAGAUUUCUUUUUAACUGUUUGUUGAAAUUGGAAAGAACUGAAGGCUGACAUUUUGUUGGGGGAAGGGGACGUGGGACACAUGUCCACCCCUUUCCUGAUAUUCUGCGAGACGGCCCAUCAUUUUUUUUUUUAAAGACAAGGUUAGCUUUGUCCCGGCAGGCACCAUUUCCUCAGAAGCAGCGGCCUGGUUGUCUUAGACCAGUCUGUGCCUAGGAGUGCCUUAGAGUUUUUGCCAGGACUAACAAAACUCAGUCCUUGGUUUCCUUUCUCAGGAUUAACCAUUUCCCUGAACUCCCAGGAGGAGGGACAACAUAGGAGGGAAAAACAAUGUUUUAAGAGGGCCAAGCUCUAGAAUAUCAAGCAUGGGUACUUACUUGAUGCAGAAGCAGAGGAAUUAAAAAGGAAUGUGAAAUGACGUGCUGAUCGGUAAGUGCUGUGGAAAUAGCCUGAGUGCAGGGUGGACUCACCCUGGCCAUUGGGAGACCCGGCUCACGGUGGCCAGCAAGGCCUGUUCGGGACAGUAGUUUUCCAAGCGUGCUCCUCAGACCAGUGACACCAACAUCAUCUGGGAACUUGCUGGAGAUACAAAUUCUCUGGUUCCACCCCAGACAAAGCAGAGGCCCUGGGGGUGGGGCCAGCGCUCUGUGUUUGAACCAGCCCUCUAGGUGACUCUGACACGCACUCAAGAUUGAGAACCACUGGUUUAUGGCAACAAAGUUUGAGCUUGGAGGCCGCUUGAGGCCCUGGAGGCACAGACAAGCAACACCUGGGGUCUGUCCUGCAUCGACGUCAGGGAUGCUGUGCCCGAGGCGCCAGUUAAGGCUGCCGAAAUACCAUCUCCAGUGGUCUCCCAUGUGUCGGCCCAGAAACAAAACACACUCUGUUUGCCCAGUGUGAAUCGCCUUCUUAACAAUAGUUUUCAGUGGUAAAGAGGGAUGGAGGCAACACAUUGAUUUUGAGACACUAGGAGUCUAAGUGUCCCGAUUUACAAUGGAAAAACUGCGUUAGUGGUGUUUUACCGAAAGAAAAAGAGACUUCCCACAUGUUUUGUACCCGGCCACUUUUUGGGGGCGGGGGGGGGCGCAAGCUUUGGAAAAAUAAGCUCAAUAGUGCAAAGACAGUCCAGCAUAGUCAAAGAGCUCAGUCCCCAUUUCUGAGUAAAUGAAGGCGGGAGGGCACUAAUGGAAUACCCAUGCGUCCGACGAAAACCUAGAACAACAGGAACGAAAUGCUUUCUACGCGUAACCAAAGCCAAACACAACAAAAGAAAAGCCGGAGAGUGUAUAUAUUUAUGACUAGAUACUUUUCUAAUCUAGUACAAGGUAACUUUCCUCCCUUUAGAAAUAACCUGCAACAUAACCUCCAUUUCAACAUCGGGGGUCAUGUCAUCCAACUGUUACAUAAUAACCCAGGAAUGCUGACUUAAUAUCAACACAAAAAUAGGUAAUAUUAAUACAAAUGUAUUCAUAAAUGUGUUACAAAUACAUUAGUACAUGGAAAUGUGGUAUUUGGUAGAAAUGCUAAAUAAACCUGACACACCCGUUUUUAAGAUUUUACUGAUUUGGUGUUACCUAAACUAAUGUUAGAGGAUCUAAAAAUACACAUAGAAAGGGAAUGAUUAAAACACUGUAAACUUAAACUGUAUGUUGUUAUGCAUGUUUUGAGACAGGUAAAUGUUUCAUGCUCAUGAAAAUUUGUGGGGAGAUCCAUUAACACAAAGCUUCUGAGAUAUUUAAAAUAAAUAUUUCCCCAAAC